CACCGCGCGCGCGCGCGAACCACACAUCCCACCACACGACUCCCCCAACCGAGCGGAGCGGAGCGCCUCGCUCACCCAUGCUUCUCCUCGCUCCCGCCCCGCCGGCGGCGGCCGCUUGCCGGCGAGCCGCCGCCCGAUGGCCCCCCGUCCGCUGCUCGAGCGUGCACGAGCUGGAGCGGUCCCCUCCGGCCCGCCCGGGCGCGUCGCUCCCGCCGCUGCGGGCGGCGAAGCGGGUGGCGCUGGUGCGGCACGGGCAGAGCACGUGGAACGCGGAGGGCCGCAUCCAGGGGAGCUCCGACGCCUCCGUGCUCACGCCCAAGGGUGAGGCCCAGGCCGCGACCUCCCGCCAGAUGCUCCUCGCCGACGCCUUCGACGCCUGCUUCACCAGCCCGCUCGCGCGCUCCCGCCGCACGGCCGAGAUCAUCUGGGAAGGCCGCGACGACGGCGGCCUCAUCCCGGACUCGGACCUCCGCGAGAUCGAUCUCUACUCUUUCCAGGGACUGCUGAAGCAUGAAGGGAAGGAGAGGUACGGGGUUGUGUACCGGCAGUGGCAGAAGAACGCGGCCAACUUCAGCAUCGACGGGCACUACCCGGUGCGGGAGCUGUGGGGCCGCGCGCGGAGCUGCUGGGAGAGGAUUUUAGCACACGAGGGCAAGUCGGUGCUUGUGGUGGCACACAAUGCAGUGAACCAGGCGCUCGUCGCCACUUCUUUGGGACUUGGUGCCGAGUACUUUCGGGUUCUGCUCCAGAGCAAUUGUGGCGUUAGUGUGCUGGAUUUCACCCCAAAGACUGGCGGAGGUCCUCCAAAUGUUUGUCUUAACCGCUUAAAUCAGACCCCAAAUUCUCCUGUUGCUGCUGGAAGUUCUGGUGGAAGAAAGACUAGCAAAAGGAUCAUUCUGGCCUGUCAAGGAACUACACAGAGCAGUUCUGAGAUUAGUCUAGGUGGAAUGGGAUAUGCACCACUGAACAUGCUUGGGACUAUACAGUCUCAGAAGACUGCAGAACUACUUCUAGAUCUGAAGGUGAACAGUAUUAUCUGUAGCCCACAAGUUGCAUCUGUUGAUACUGCAACUGCUAUAUGCGAGGUCCAAGAGGCGGCAGAUUGCUUAGGUGCUGAUUGUGUGCCUCGUUAUGUGGAAAUGAAGAAUUUGCUAGAACUUGAAACUGAUGAUGCCUUUCAAGCAAAGCAAAAGAGCUUUGGGGAUAUAGUUCAAUCGGGCUGGAUGGGCAGCAUGGAAUACAAAACACUAGAGCGACUGUGGGCUCAGUCCAAGGAUGCGUGGCAAGCCUUGCUAAAUGAAUUGCCGGAUGAUAGUGAGUCGGAUCGAGUUGUUGUGGCCGUAGGCCAUCCAGCCAUACACCUUGCUCUGCUCUGUCGGUGCCUUGAUUUGCCAAUGGAGUACAUGUCAUCUUUCCAUCUAGACGAUGGAAGCAUCAGCGUGAUCGAUUUCCCGGAUGGACCUAAAGGAAGAGGCGUUGUCAGAUGCACAAAUUACACAGCCCAUCUCGGUAGAUGGUCAAUACCCAUUACGCGGCCAACUGAAAAUGAUGAGGAGUUCUAACAUUCUUGAAGGUAACGUUUUCCGUGUUAAUGUAUAGCAUCCUUCAGAAACACACACGUGUAAAUAUCUUACAUUGAUGUACAUAUAUCUUAAUCUCAAUAUAACAACAUCUGUUUACAUAAAAAAAAAUGUGUAUGUGCUCGGUUGAAAAAA